AUGGCCUUGAUCAUAGAUAGCAAAUCGGGCUCGCCAUUAUCGCUACCGCCACUACUAUCACCUCGGUCGCCAUUGUCGGAGGAGCAAAUCUAUACUGCACAGCGGACGGUCGAUCUCGUCAGUCAAGGAUGGCAGCCCGUUGGCCGCACGGACAUAUAUGAUCUUCUCGAAGUAGCCCUUGGCAAAGAUCAGAUCAACCUUCUCUAG